AUGAGAAGACCCACUACAUUAUGUGAGACUCUGGGGAAAGCUGAAAUUUGGUUAAUUAGAACAUAUUGGGAUUUUGAAUUUCCUCGUCCAUAUCUACCUAAUUUUGAAUUUGUUGGAGGAUUGCACUGCAAACCUGCCAAACCAUUACCUAAGGAAAUAGAAGAAUUUGUCCAGAGCUCAGGCAAAGAUGGUAUUGUGGUGUCUUCUCUGGGUUCAAUCAUCCAAAAUCUCACAGAAGAAAAGGGCAAUCUUAUUGCCUCAGCCCUUGCCCAGAUUCCACAGAAGGUUUUAUGGAGAUACACAGGAAAGAAACCAGCCACAUUAGGAGCCAAUACUCAGCUCUAUGACUGGCUACCCCAGAAUGAUCUUCUUGGUCAUCCAAAAACCAAAGCCUUUAUAACUCAUGGAGGAACCAAUGGCAUCUAUGAGGCUAUCUACCAUGGGAUCCCUGUGGUGGGCAUCCCUAUGUUUGCAGAUCAACCUGAUAACAUUGCUCACAUGAAGACCAAGGGAGCAGCUAUCAGAAUGGACUUCAACACCAUGUCUAGUGCAGAUUUGCUCAAUGCAUUGAAAACAGUCAUUAAUGACCCAUCAUAUAAAGAGAAUGCAAUGAGAUUAUCAAGAAUUCAUCAUGACCAGCCUAUGAAACCCCUAGAUCGAGCGGUCUUCUGGAUCGAGUUUGUCAUGCGCCACAAAGGAGCCAAACACCUGCGGCCAGCCUCCCAUGACCUCACCUGGGUCCAGUACCACUCUUUGGAUGUGACUGGGUUCCUGCUGGCCUGUGUGGCAACUGCUACAUUUGUCAUCACAAAAUGUUGUCUGUUGUGUUACCAGAAGUUUGCUAAACCAGGAAAGAUGAAGAAAAGGGAGUAG